AUGUUUUCAGUCUUUCGUCGUCGUGCUGCAUCAGCAUCACGAUCUGAUUCAAGUGUUAAAGAAAAUUCACUUAUUGAAACUAAUGGACGUAGUAAAACCAAUACUGAAAAUACUGGUUUUAUUACACCAAAUUUAUCAACAAAUGGUAAUGGAAUAAAACAUCGUACAUUAUCAGGUAUUUCAUUAACAUCGUCAUCAUCAUCAUCCAUAACAACAUCACCAUUACUUAAUAUAACACGUCAACAAGAAAAACAAGAAUUACAAACACUUAAUGAUCGUUUAGCUGUUAUUAUUGAUACUGUACGACGUCUUGAACAAGAUAAUGAAAAAUUACGAACUAUUGUUAAAACAAGUACUCAAUCAUUUGAAACUGAAACAUCAAAAGUUAAAGCAUUGUAUGAAAAUGAAUUAGGUACGUUGAAUUUUUAA